AUGCCCUCUUUGGCCUGCCGUUGCAAGGCUGGCAAGUGCAACUACUUUGGGCAAUGUGUGGAUUCUCACCAGCCCAGUCUGUUCCAAAUCAACCCAGCCAAUCAUUCCCUCGGUCACAAUCAUAGUGGCGGAAAGCAAGAUUGGAGCUUCAACGACAUCAUCAACUGGUUCAAGCGCAUUUUCGGUGGAUCCACCGAAAGGUGCAAAGGCAUCGUGGACAGCGGGACAUCUUCGCAAACGUUGGUCCUCCCAAAGGAUGUGUUCGACAAUGUUUUGAAUGCUUUAAACAAGGUAGCUUCAGCUUGGCAAAUUCGAGGCUCAUGCCUAUCACAGUCUGAGGUGGAUCUAUUUCCAGAUUUGAUCAUCCGCUUGGAUUCUGCUAACUCUGACCAGCCGUUCUUUGACCUGCGAAUUCCGCCUAGUACAUACUUUCAGUUAGAUCCUGGUGCUACAUGCAGAACUCUUUACAUAAGAUCCUCUGGAACCCUCAACGGAGGUUUGGGGAAUAUCCCUGAUUACAUUCUUGGCCAGCCACUGCUGGAGGCGUACUACACAGUGUUCGACAAGGAGAAGCGAAGGAUAAGCUUUGCACCAUUGAAAGGUUGCUGA